AUGAAAAAAGUUGGUAAUAAGUGGUCCUAUGAGGACAAACAUUAUGGAAAGUGUGGUAGUUCCUACGACUGUCUACGAAGAAUCGACAAAUAUUGGAGCACGUGUGAUUUUAAACACCGGACCGAGCUACUUCCGGGAGAGAAUGGGCUGGUGGCAAAAUCUUUGCCUUUGGCAGGUUUCGUUUUUUUGCUAAACAAUUCAUCCUUUCGCAGCUCGGAAAGCCAGGCGGGUGAGAGCGUAGUGAGACCUCCACCGCCAGAGGAGACCUUUUCAAGCUCCCCAAUGACCAAGGCUGUGGAUUUUAAAACUUAUGUGGAUCAGGCAUGUAGAGCUGCUGAAGAAUUUAUCAGUAUUUAUUAUGAGACAAUGGACAAAAGAAGACAUGCACUUAUCAGACUUUAUAUGGAUGAGGCAACUCUACUCUGGAAUGGAAAUGCUGUAACAGGACUGGAGGGGCUUGCUAAUUUUUUUGAGACUUUACCUUCUAGUGAAUUCCAGAUCAAUAUGUUAGAUUGCCAACCAGUUCAUGAACAAGCUACCCAGUCGAAGACUACAGUUCUUGUUGUGACCAGUGGAGCUGUUAAAUUUGAUGGAAACAAGCAACACUUCUUUAACCAGAACUUCCUGCUGACUGCGCAGAAGACUCCUCACAACAUAGUGUGGAAAAUUGCAAGUGAUUGCUUCCGCUUUCAAGAUUGGGCUAGUAAUUAAAGGAGCAAAAGCCAAUUCUAUUGGUUCAUUAGUUCCAGCAAGAGAAGUGUAAUGGGAAUUGAUAUAUUUUAUUGCAAAAAUGUAAUAUAAAGUAUUAUGUGCUAAAACUAAAUGUAUGUAAUAUUUUUUAUUCCUAGCGGCACCUUUGCUAGAGCA